AUGGCGCUACUUCUUUUCUUCAUUUUGUUUGCAGUUCCGAGCGGUGCUAGUGUGACCAACAAGCUAGACCAAACAUUGGUGCCACUACCACAAGAACCAGACACUGGAAUAAAGUGUACGUCAUGCCCUUGUGUCAACCCAUGUGCCCUUCCGCCUCCUCCACCACCGCCUCCGCCACCCCCACCAGAGACCACAUACUGCACUCCUCUGCCUCCUCCGCCACCAAGGUUCAUUUACGUGACCGGUGUGCCUGGGAAUUUGUGUGUAGCUGAUCCUUGUGAUAAUUGGGAUUUUUUCAGCGGUGCUAGACAGAAUGUUAUUAAAGGGUUGCUGCUUUUGGCUGGGUUCGGGGCUCUACACUUGAUGAUAAUUUGA